AUGGCAGCCGCCGUCGAUGCACUGCCCUGCUUUGACCUCUUCCGCAACGACGACAAGUUUCCAAGCCGGCGACGACGAGGUCGCCAGCAAAGAGCCAAGAGAUGUGCAGCCACAAGGGGCGCACCCGCGCCGGUUCUGACGAGAAUCGACGAGCCAGCUUGGCAAGAAAGCUCCAGUUUCGGUGGCCCGCCUGGCGGAGGCCCAGCCAGCGCCGCGUCGCGAAGACGGCUCCACGGCAACCCUUUCGGCCCCUCGUUGAGGCCAAAUGGCAACGAGGGGCCGAAAGGGAAAGCCGGGCAAGGUGUACACCUUCCGAGUCGAGGACUUAAGCCGCGACGGUGCUGUGGCCCAGAACGUGCAGGCCCUGGAGGCCUGACGCUGGCGGCGGUGACGGCCAAGGCAAAGCUCGCGUUGACGCCGGAUAUCCCACGGAUCUAUAAGACAGUGCAGUCUCUUCCUCGUUCGCCGAUGGCUAAUUCCAUCAAGAAAGCGUUGGAAGCCGCAGCCUACCAGUCGACAGCACAGGACAUCCGACUGGCGAUAUUCUGCGACGCCUCAUUUAAGUCGCCCUCAGCUGUCGGAGGUUACGGUGUUUCUUUCCGCCGCUACGCCCCAGGCGAACCUUGGCACGGCGAGGAAAUGGGACUGGGUUGGCCGAUUGAGGUUGCCGCCGACAACAGCUUAUGCGAAAUGGUGGCCAUCAUCGAGUCCCUAGUCGUGGCCAGAAGGGAGGUGUCCAGCAUAGCCGUGUCGCGAAGACCGCACAGCCUCCCGCUCUCCGUCUCGGUAACAGUCUUCAGCGAUUCGAAGGUGUGCCUGGACGGAAUCUCUAGGAGCCGCACCAGGCCGCGGCAGCAUGGCGGCGCGUUCGAACAACUCUUCUGCCGCCUUGAGGAGGAGGAGGCAAAGCUGAAGCUUCUGAGGGACAUGUCGGGCAUCUUCGUGUCGGUCGAGUACGCCUGGGUCCCGGGCCACUGCAUCGAACCGCACGACCGGGCCGACUUGCUUGCCAAGACCGCCCGGAAGACCAACAAGCCGGUGUGGCAGCGCGGCGACAACGCUAUCCGGCCUGACCACCCCUUCACCAGCCCCUUCCCUUUCACCAGCGUCUUCCCCAGCCUCAGGCCGCUCUUCGUCGCCCACCGGGCUCGCGUUCUCGCCAAGAGGGCCCGGAGACAGCCACAUGCUCUCUCGCCGCGAAAGCAUGGCCAGCAACAGCUUGAAGGAGAGCAACGAGAGGACCAAGACGGAGAGCAGCCAAUGGGGCGCCGGGGGUUACGGCGCAUGAGGCUGAAAGAGUUCGCCAAGAGGGUGGAAGCCCAGAUUCAGCGACGGGGUGCGGCGACGGGGUGCCAGGCCGCCAUUGCUGGCUCUCAAGAGGAGGGACAAAAAAAUCUGAGCCACGGUGAAUCAGGCGAUACACCCGUAUGGGCUAGGAGGAAAGGGAGGACACCGGACAAAAAGGUUCAAAGAAAGGGUUAUGGCACUUGA